AUGAUGGCGAGCCCAAAGAAAGACAACUAUAGGAUGAAGAGCUACAAGAACAAAGCGUUGAAUUCUCAGGAAAUGCGUCGAAGGAGAGAGGAGGAAGGAAUUCAGCUGCGUAAACAAAAAAGAGAAGAGCAGCUCUUCAAAAGGAGGAACGUGUCUGUACCUUCAGCUGAUGAGUCGAUGCUGGACUGUCCGAUCCAGGAUCCCGACAUCAGCUCCACAGUACCUGUCACAGGCGAUGUGGUCAUAACACCAGACAUGAUUCAGAUGAUCUUCUCUGAAGACCCGGAUCAGCAGCUAAUCGCUACGCAGAAGUUCAGGAAAUUACUCUCAAAAGAGCCCAACCCACCCAUCGACGAGGUCAUUUCCUCUCCUGAUGUUGUUCCUCGCUUUGUUGAGUUUCUGAAGAAAAAUGAGAACUCGACUCUGCAGUUUGAAGCAGCCUGGGCACUAACCAACAUCGCCUCUGGAACCUUCCUGCACACCAAGGUUGUGAUUGAAACAGGAGCUGUUCCCAUUUUUAUUCAGCUGUUGAAUUCUGAGUAUGAAGACGUCCAGGAGCAGGCUGUGUGGGCUUUAGGGAACAUAGCAGGGGAUAAUGCUGAGUGCAGAGACUACGUGCUCAGCUGUGGCAUCCUCCCGUCUCUACAGCAGCUUCUUGUUAAAUCGAACCGACUCACAACCACCCGUAAUGCGGUGUGGGCUCUCUCUAACCUGUGCAGAGGGAAGAACCCUCCACCAGAUUUUGCCAAGGUGUGUCCUUGUCUCAGCGUUCUGUCCAGACUGCUGUUCAGCAGUGAUCCAGAUGUGCUGGCUGAUGCGUGCUGGGCCCUCUCUUAUCUCUCUGAUGGGCCCAAUGAAAAGAUCCAGGCGGUGAUUGACUCUGGAGUCUGCCGCAGGCUGGUAGAGCUGCUGAUGCAUGGCGACUACAAAGUGGUUUCUCCGGCUUUACGAGCUGUAGGCAACAUCGUAACGGGAGAUGACAUCCAGACUCAGGUAAUUUUGAACUCUUCAGCGCUGCCAUGUUUACUCCACCUGCUCAGCAGUCCCAAGGAGUCCAUAAAGAAGGAAGCCUGUUGGACCUUAUCCAACAUCACUGCAGGAAACCGAGCUCAGAUUCAGAAUGUUAUUGAUGCCAACAUCUUCCCUGUCCUCAUCGAGAUCCUUCAAAAAGCAGAGUUCCGCACUAGAAAGGAAGCCGCGUGGGCGAUUACGAACGCCACUUCUGGGGGUAACUCUGCACAGAUUAGGUACCUGGUGUCUCUGAAUGUCAUCAAACCCAUGUGUGAUCUGCUGACAGUCAUGGACUCCAAGAUUGUGCAGGUGUCGCUGAACGGUCUGGAGAACAUUCUCAGACUGGGAGAACAGGAGUCCAAACAGAACCAGACGGGCAUCAACCCGUACUGUGCGCUGAUCGAGGAGGCUUAUGGCUUAGACAAGAUUGAAUUCCUGCAGAGCCACGAGAACCAGGAGAUCUACCAAAAGGCCUUUGAUCUGAUCGAACGAUACUUCGGAGUGGAGGAGGAGGAUGCCAGCCUGGCUCCACAGGUGGACCAGGAUCAGGGCCAGUUUGUUUUCCAGCAGCAGGAAGGACCCAUGGAAGGUUUUCAGCUCUGACCCGGCCCUGCCUUCACUACCCGGUCUACUUUCUAGUCUGCAGGCAGCCAGCUGGCCUGUGGAGGGCUGCAGCUUCAUCCAGAAUGUCACAUCUACUACUGCUCAGAAGACUGGUGAAAAGUGUGCUGCUAGCCUCCAUAAUCCAAACAGAGACUGUGAAAGUCUUAAGAUCCUCAGGCUAUGGACGGCUACCAUUUGCCAAAAUAUAGUCGCUUUGUUUUGCCCCCGACUUCCUGCCUGAUGACAUUUGGUGUUGCAGAUGAAGAGUUGACUUCAAAUCAGCGUCCAUGUCCCUUUAAUGAAUGUGAAACUACCUCUUAAAUUUUCAGAAAUGCAGAGAGAGGAGGCAAAGAAAAGCUCUGAAUUAAAACACAAUACCUCUUUUUUCUUUGUAAGUGUUGGUUUCAUCCAGUCUGGAGUUGGAGUUCAAGUCUGUCACAACCAGAGACUGGCUCUUCUGUUCAUAUUGGACCUGAAUCUGGUGUGGAUCUGUUUGUCUUCUCCAUCCUGACCUGUGACACAACCUGAUCAUGGGUUAGCAGCGCUGCUGUGGUCUGCUCUUUAGGCUAAUUCCAACACCACCAGUGGCCGUGGCAUGUCGCUGAUGGAUUAUGUGCAAUAGACUGGAUUGAAGUCAUAAUCCUGUUCUGAUCGUGUUCUGCCUGCAGUCGUUUCCUUGAUGAGACUCAGAUGUUUGUGUUUAAAGCAUGGCAAACGUGUGGAGCAGAAAUCAGGAGUUUAUCGUUCAUGACGGAGCGUCUUCAUGCACAUAGCGCUGUGACCUCUGACCUUUUCACCUGGUGUUUCUCUGUCAUCACUCGUGGUUGAAACUAUACCGCUUUUAGAACUUCAUGGAUUAGACAUCUGCAAGUGCAGAGAAGACGUCUACGCCUGUAAAUAAACAUCUGUGUAAAUUAGACGUCUAUGCGUGGAUAAGUCACAUGUGAAAUUAGAUGUCUACAGAGAUAACGAUGAAUGAAACCAUAAGAGAUUACAUCAGAUUUGGGAGUGUGGUUUUUUUUCUCACCUGCUUUUCUGUGUCUUUGGCUCCGUGAACGCGGUGAAAACCUUCCAGGUUGUUCCUGAUGGAGUUGACUAACAUGAAAGAUAAACUCCCGUCUUUAAA